AUGGACAUCAAAGAAUUAUGGUACGGUUUAGGAGGUGAGUUUGUGGACCUAGAUAGGUUAGAAUUAUUAACUGAUGAUAGGGGUGCCAUGCAUAUGCUGAACAUUGUUAGGUUAAAUGAUGAAGUUCAUCUGUAUGUGGUUCAUAAUAUGAUGGAACCGGAAAUAAUAGAAAUGAUUGAUUGGGUUGGUGAUGGUCAACUUGGAACAGAAAUGGUGGAGGGUGAGGGGGAUGCCCAUAAGGGUGAUGGUGAGGUCCAUACUGAAGUUGGAAUAGAAAUGGUGGAGGGUGAGGGGGAUGCCCAUGAGGGUGAUGGUGAGGAUCAUACUGAAGUUGGAACAAAAAUGGUUGAGGGUGAGGGUGAUGCCCAUGAGGGUGAGGGUGAUGCAUAUAAGGGUGAUGGUGAGGAUCAUACUGAUGUUGGAACAAAAAUGGUUGAGGGUGAGGGUGAUGCUCAUGAGGGUGAGGGUGAUGCCUAUGAGGGUGAUGGUGAGGAUCAUACUGAUGUUGGAACAAAAAUGGUUAAGGGUGAGGGUGAUGCCCAUGAGGGUGAGGGUGAUGCCUAUGAGGGUGAUGGUGAGGAUCAUACUGAUGUUGGAACAAAAAUUAUUGAGGGUGAAGGUGAUGCCCAUAAGGGUGAUGGUCAGGAUGUUGAGAUCCAUGAAGUUGAGGAUGGUGAGGUCCAUCAUGUAGAGGAAGCUGAGGUACAUGAUGUACAUGAUUUUGAGCUAGAGGAUUUAGGAGAGGAUGAUGAUGUAGAGGACAAUGAGGGUGAUGAUGUACAUGAGGCAGAGAUUGAGGAUGAAGAUGUAGAUGUGAGUGAAGAAAGUCUAAUUGAUGUCAGCGUGCAUUAUGACAUUGGGACUUCUGAAGGAAAUGUGAGAGAAGAAUCUUCUAGUGCAUCAUUACUUGAGUCUUCACGGUCAAUAGAUAAUGAUUGUAUUGAUGAUGUCCGUGGGUUGUCUAACAAUGAGUGGCUAUCAGAGGAGUUGAUUAGUGGAUCAGAUAGUGAGGACAAUGAUGGGUCCACUAAGAUAAGGUUUCCCACUUUUAGUAUGCCUAAAACUUUGGAGGGUUAUAAAUGGGAAGUAGGAACCUAUUUUGCUGAGAAAAAUGAAUUCACAGAUGCCAUAAGGACUUAUGCACUAAGUAAUGGGAGAAGUUUAAAAUUUAUUAAGAAUGACAAGAAAAGGAUUUUUGUGAAGUGCUUGGGUGGAAGAGGAAAUUGUAAAUGGUAUGCCUAUUGUUCCUUUAGGACUGAUGUCAAUGCAUGGCAACUAAGAAAAGUGUUUGAUGUUCACAGCUGUAGUAGAGAUUUCAAUGUAAAGUUGAUGACUUCAAAGUGGUUGAGUCAAAGGAUGAAGAAAACUGUGAGAGAAAACCCUACAAUGAAGGUCAUGGACAUUAGGGACAAAGUCACUUGGAAAUGGAAUGUAGGAAUUUCAAGAAAUAUGGCUUUUAGGGCAAGAGCCAUGGCAAAAGAUAAGGUUGAAGGGUCAUUCAAAGAUCAAUUUAGAAGACUUCAUGAUUAUGGUCAUGAGCUGCUGAAAACAAAUCCAGGUACAACAGUACAAAUUAAAGUUGAUAACAGUAAUGGUGAGGUCAUAUUCCAAAGAUUUUAUGCAUGCUUGAAGGCAUGCAAGGAUAGCUUCAUUUGUUGUAGACCUAUUAUUGGGUUGGAUGGAUGCUUUUUGAAAGGCAAGUAUGGAGGGGAGUUACUAAUAGCAGUGGGAAGAGAUGAAAACGACCAAAUGUUGCCCAUAGCAUAUGCUGUUGUUGAGGUAGAAAACAAAGACUCUUGGACUUAGUUCUUGGAGCACCUUAUUGAGGACCUUGGUGGGGCAGUUGUAUGUGCAGGAUGCACAUUUAUUUCAGACCAACAGAAGGGUCUUUUGCCAACUAUCCAAGAUCUUCUGCUUGGUGUAGAACAAAGAUUUUGUGUUAGGCAUUUAUAUUCAAACUUCAGAAAAAAAUUUCCUGGAAAAAACCUUAAACGUCUCAUGUGGAGGGCAGCAACAGCCACACAUCCACAACAAUGGGAGGCUGAAAUGAGGAAUAUUAAAGACAUCAAUUUAGACUAAUUUAAAUAUUUGCUUGCCAUCCCAC